CCUCCCCCCCUCCGCCUCCUGCACGCACUAUUUGCGCCGCGGCCCAUCUCCGAAAACAUGUCCGGCUCCACCGCCCCGACCGCCAAGGUCGUCUGGGUCUUGAUCGAUGGUGUGGGCGACCUGCCGGUCGCCUCCCUGGGCGACCGAACUUGCCUUCAGGCCGCUGACAAGCCGAACCUCGACUGCCUCGCACGGCAUGGUCUUAAUGGCCUGAUCGACCCAGUCGAGGCGGGUCUCGCCUGUGGUAGUGACACUGCCCAUCUGAACCUCCUGGGCUACAACCCGCGCGUGUGGUAUCGCGGUCGCGGCGCCUUCGAGAGCAUGGGCGCCGGUCUGGACAUGGCCCCGGGCGACAUUGCCUUCAAGAGUAAUUUCGCCAUUCGCGAUCUAUCCACCGGCAUUGUGACCAGCCGUCGUGCUGACCGGAAUUUCGAGGAGGCCGGGCCGAUCCUCUGCCAAGCGCUGGACGGCGUUGUCCUGCCUGACUUCCCCGAUAUCCGUGUCAGGGUCCGCUAUGCCACAGAGCACCGCUGCGGCGUGGUCCUCAGCGGCCCGGGACUCAGUGACGCCAUCAGCGGCACCGAUCCGCUUCGGGACAACCUGCCCCUGGUUAAGUGCCGGCCUCUCGAUGGGAGUCGCAGCGCGGAGUAUACUUCCAAGGUGAUUGCACAGUUGUCCGACGAGUUCACGUGCAUCCUCAGCGCCCACCCCCACAACCGCCUGCGCGCCGAGCAGGGUCUUCCAGCUGCCAAUUGUGUGCUCCUGCGUGGCUGUGGUGUCCGUCUGGAUCUCCCGGCACUGGGCACGACCUUCGACACCCCGGGGAAGCCGACCAUCGCUGGUGCCCCAAUCCGUGGGUUCGCCAUUGCGCCCACCUGCAUUAUCGCCGGCAUCGGGAUAAACGUUGGUCUUGACGUCAUCCCGGUCGCCGGCGCUACCGGUGAUUACCACAGCGACUACAGCGCCAAGUGCCAGGCCGUCCUGGACAACAUUGCACGCCCUGAAUACUCGCUGGCCUUCAUGCACGUCAAGGGCAUUGAUGAUUCGGGCCACGACUUCAAUGUCUCGAUGCGUAUCGCACUUCUGGAGCGCUUGGACCAUGCCCUUGGCAAGCUGAUCGCUGGCCUCCAGAAGCUGGAGGCCGAGCGGCCCAACGAAAAGUAUUUUGUCGUUGUCACCGGCGACCACUCGACCCCUGUGAUGUAUGGCGACCAUACUGCUGAGCCGGUCCCAGUGGCUGUGACUCCUGUGGCCGGACUCCCGGCCUCCGGCUCGAGCCCGUGUCCCGACACCCUCUGGGAUGGCGUGUGCCGAUUUGACGAGGUCUCUGCCGGGCAGGGGGUCCUCGGGCGCUUCCCCGGGCGCGAGCUGCUGCCCUUCGUCCUGGCCCUGGCCAAGCACCAGUCCGGCGCCGAUCAGCUGCCAAUGCAAUCCCCUUAAUAUACUGCCAACCUUUGUUCAA